GGGCGUCGCGAGGAGAGACAGAGGACAAAAACGUGACUAGGCAGCGUAAGAGCUGUUAUGCAACCGCUGACCUACUAACACAUAUUUCUAGAAAGGGAGCCGGGGAAACUGGAGCAAAGUGUCCGGCGGCACACAGCGCACAGGCAGCCCGAGCCAGGAGAGACUCACACCGCAUCCAGCAGCGCCACUGACGGAUCCCAGCACGCACAGGACCGCAAACUUGUUUGUCUUCCAUUUUCCUUCGUUUUGCUUUUCGGGAGGUUUCCUGUAAAAAGAAGAAGAAAAAAUAAGAAGAAGCAGAGGCGGACACGGGGACGAGCCAGACAGCUUUGUGUCGGGGAACCUUUUCUUUCUUCUCCUCAAAGGUAGUGGUCAGCAAACAUCAGCACUGAAGCCACAUCCUCAGGGAGCCCCAAAGUAGACCGACUGACCUAUAUUCUGUGUAAGACGCUGAGAGAAGGAGGGCAGCAGCCUGACAGGCAUAACAGUACUGUUGAAGAUUGAGGAUAAACUCGAAAUCACCUCUAGCGGGGCCACAGAAACUGCUUUCAACAAAUUACCAAGCCAACUAGAAGACUCUCUGCUCAAAAUCUAAACUUGUUUCUUUUUUUUAAAGUUCUUUGUACACAACACUAGUUCAAUGUCUGAGGUUUUUGUGGAGUUCCAACUCUUUUUAAUCUUCUUGGCUAAUUUGGACACUUGAACGUUUUGAUCUCAAAAAAAUACACAACAGAAAUCAAUGAGGCAAUCUCUUCAAGGAGCACAAAUACCUCAUCCAGAAAUUUUUGCUGAUCCUGCGACUUAGAUCACACUUUUUAUUAACAAAGCUGAAGGCUCAUACCUUUGCCCUUUGCUAGAGUCAAACUCUAGCCCCCAGUUGGGAAAACAUGGAAAGUCUCCAUCUUCACCUUCCAUCCACCAGCAACAAAAAUGCCAUGGAGGUAGACAAUUUCUCUAACUACAGCGGAAGCCUCCCAUCCCCUGAUCCUGAAAGUGGAGGGCGUGUCAGUCGCCAAUCUAAAGGUAGCAAGUCUGCUUUGACUUCCCGUCGCAAGCGAGAGUUCAUUUCUGAUGAGAAGAAAGAUGCUUCCUAUUGGGAAAAACGCAGGAAGAACAAUGAAGCAGCCAAGCGCUCAAGGGAAAAGCGCCGCCUUAAUGACAUGGUGCUAGAGAACCGGGUCAUGGCGCUGAAUGAGGAGAAUGUUCGUCUCAAGACAGAACUCCUUCAGCUCAAGUUACGCUUUGGCCUCAUUAGCACAGCCUCUUACAUGGAGAAAAGUCAGCAGAUCUCCAACAGUGCUGCAAAUGUCAACAGUGGUAGCAACGGGAGCAGCACCCCCAACAGUAACACCUACCUCUCAAGCAGUGGAUACUCCAGUGCGUCCCAGGUGAUGCUGAAUUCAGACUCAUCUGAACCUGAGCAGUCAAGCCGUGGUGAGCGCCACACCAUGCUCCACAAAUACUCUCCCUGUGGAUCCAUGUCUGACAUGUCUGACAGUUCCUCCAGGGACAGCCCAGAACCAAUGGGCUACAACAUAAAGCAGGAGCCCUCAAGUUUGGAGAUGACCAGGUUGGAAAGCAACGGGAUUCCAGAUGGGCUUGCUAAUGGCUUGCCAACUGGGUCUUACCAUGGCAACCAUGCUGCUCUGGUUUCUCCUCACCAGCAGGGCACACAAUUGUCUGAAAGUGCCAUGGACUACCAACACCACCAACUGCAGCAGCAACAGUGUCACAUGGAGGCCUCCAGCCCAGCUCCUCAGGCCACCUCUGCACAAAGGAGUGUUAUCUUGUACCGCUCCAGCAGUGGCUGUUACCCCAUGGAAAGCCAGAGGUCGGAUGACCAGCAAGUCCAGCAGAGCAGACCUCCACAGCUUUUCCAGCAAUCGUCGACCUCCAAGUUCUCUGACUGUUCAUUGACCAUCACAGAGGUCGCUGAGAAGUUAGAGAGGACAAAGACUAUGGACUCGCCUCAGUAUGAAUACACCAAUGGUCAUGCUGAGUCAGUAGAGGAGCUUCAGGAAAAGUACAAUCCUAGUGCCCAACAGCAGCAUUAUAGCUACCAGGGUCAGGAGAAUGGUCGUCAGCACGCAGAAAGCCACCAGAACCCCUUUGCCCCAGAUCUGACCCACAACACUGAGGAGGGCAAGUCCUCCUUUGUGCAGCACAAUGGCUACCUCAACACACUGGAUGAAGAGCCCCCAGUGCUCACCUAUGAGGGGGGCCCCCGAGUUGAUGGUUUCUACCAGGAGACCUCCUCUACUAAGGACACCUCUUCCAGUGAUGGGGACCCUCGUAGCUCUGACAAGGAGGGUUCCACAGAUGAUGAGUCACCCUCCUCAUCCUCCUCAGACAUUAGCAGCUACCACCAGAAGGCAGUGGAAGCUGCCGGUUUUCACGGAGAGUGCCAAGCCGAGGUCAAAGCUACUGCUCUGCCACACAAGCUCCGUCUCAAGUACAGAGCACUGUCCAGUGGGGCAGCAGGAGCACAGCUAGAGGGUCUAGUCAACACAUCCAUGUCCCCCUCUCCCACCUUGCCCCAGCACCCGUACUUAGCUCUACCCAGCAAUCCUCACAGCAGCCACGCCAAUGGGGAGAGCAAAGAGGUAGAGAAUGACACUGACUAUGCAGAAGAUGUUAAGACUCCUGUAAAUGACAGGAUGGACGAUAAGAAGGAGGGAGGAAAAAAGGGAUCUAGCAGUGGGAGGGGUGGACGUAAUAAGAGGCGGGAUUAAGGACAAAUGGGAGCAGCUCGAGCAUCUCCUCUUUGUUGUCUAUGGCAGACAGACAACUACAACUAGGACUCACAUCGCCACCUUACAAGACAGAAACGAAGCCAGUGAUCUGUGUGAGGUGUAGUUAGGAUGUGAUUUCACCAUGAAGUUUCACUGUGUCACCUAUUCCCCUUCCCUAUACUCUCUCCUACCUCCCACAUAUCUCCCAAUUUACAAUAACAGAUCUCUUAAUGAGGGAGGGGACAGAAUGAAACUCUCCAGAGAUGGAGUCUGGGAUAUUUCCCUCGUGGAAUAUUCAAACAAUCUUCAAUUAUUCAUUAUUAUAAGCUGCCUGGGUGGCUGGUCCGCAUUUACCGUGGCAUUAUGGGAACAUUCCUUUGACCAAAGAUACACGUCCUUCCUUUUUUGGCAAAGAGUGACAUUCCUCCUCCCUCCGAACACAUUAGAACCAUUUGAUCCCAAACCCUCUCAUCAUCUGCACACAAGUUCCUUCUGAAGCACUUAGAUUGUAUAUUACUGUGACAUAUAAAUUUGCAUAUAUGGAAUAUAUAUUUUAAGUAUAAAAAUGUGGCAAAAACAAAAAAAAUAAAGUUGUGGGAUAACGGAAGUUGUAGACUUUAAAGUGAUCAGUUUGCUCUUGUGGAGACACCUUGUACAGUCCCUCUUUGUCUAGAAAAUGUCUCAAAGAUUACUUCAAAGUAAAAAAAAA